AUGUCGGCCAACGACUCCAACAACCCGGCCACCGCCAAACUCUCCACCCCACCCGACGCCGAUACCGCUCCCACCUCCUCCUCCCACUCCUCGUCCGACUCCGCCGCCGCCGACGCAGCAGACAUCCAGGCGCGCAUCGAGCAGAAACGCCACGAGCACGAACAGCAGCGUGCCAUGCAGCGCAAGGUGUUUGAGCACCAGAUGGCCCUCCUCGAAAAGCAGCAGCGAGAAGAGGAACAGAACCUCCUCCUCCAGCGCAACUCCAACUCUGCUGCCACCGCUGGCGCGGCCGUCGCUUCCGCCCCGACCACCCCGCCCAACGAGAGUGCCAUCGCCAACCCCAAGUCCUCCUCCGCCGCUGCUCCCACCGCCGCCACUGCUGGCGCCAACACCACCGACGCCGCAGCACGCGCCAACGCUCUCGCCCACCUCUAUCGCUCCAUGCCUUCCUCGCGUCGCCAGUCGGGCGAGACGCAGCGCGACACCGACGACAUCGCUGCCGCGGUAGCCGCCAUCUCGAUUCGUGCGCCAGCCAAGUCCGACGACGACAACUCGGCCGCCAAGCCCAACGACAAGGCGGCUGCUGCCGCCGACAACCUUACCCCCGUCUUCAACGAGCGCUUCCUCUUUGACGACGAGCUCGACAACGAAGACUCGGCGUUUGUGAAAAAGUACAACCUCAAGGGCGGCGACGAUCAGUUCCCCAUCCUCGUCCAGCGCUCCGACAAUUCAGGCGAUGCACAGCCCACUGCCAAAGAUGCAAACUGGCCCAAGUUUGGCACCAAAAACGCCGACGCCGCCGCCACCGCGGCUGGAGGGGCUGAUGCCCAGGCCACCGCGGCUCGCAAGUCCCCGCCGCCCCAGCAGCACGCCACGCCCACCAUCGCCACUUCCUUCGGCACCAGCGCAGGACAUCAGCAGGCCGCCUUCCCGCUUCCUUCGCCCUCGCCGCGUCUCUCGCACACCGGUCGCGACUCGCCCGCCGUCAACGCCAGCUUCGCCAGUGUUGCUUCCCGACAGACGAGCGGGCCCGCCUCGCCAUCGCCUGGCCUCGGCGGUCUGAGCGGUGAGGUGGGUCGUUCGGGUGCAGGCUCGCGCUUCGUCAACACCGCCGUCCCCGCCGCCGCUUUCCCCAGCUUCAGCCUGGGCGCCUUCUCCGGCGUCACCGCCGCUGCCGCCGGCGCGGGCAACGAGAGCCCCAGCCGAUUCGGCGCCUACUCGCCCAACAGCUUCGAUGCCGCCGCUGCCGCUGAGGCGCGACGUGGCAGCCGACCGUCGUCGGGCUUCUUUGAUGCCUUUAACCCGACCGCGGGCGCCAACUCGCAAGGGUCGCUCUUUCCCGCUGACAAGUACUCGAUGGGCAUGGUGGGUGGCGACGAGCACGCCAAGCUCGGUGGGCUGGGCGCGCACGGUGGCGCUGCGGCGUCGGCCAAGCAUGCGCGCAAGGGCGAGCUGGAUGCCACGACGCAGCUCGAGGAGCUGCAGGGCGACAUCUUUGCGCUGUGCAAGGACCAGCACGGCUGCCGCUUCCUGCAGAAGAAGCUCGAGGAGAGCAAUCCGGCGCACCGCGACAUGAUUUUUUCCGAGACGUUUACGCACUUUGCCGAGCUGAUGACGGAUCCGUUUGGCAACUACCUCUGCCAAAAGAUGCUCGAGUACUGCACGGACGAGCAGCGCAACUUGAUUGUGGAGCUGGUGGCGCCGGAGCUGGUGACGAUCUCGCUCAACAUGCACGGCACGCGUGCGGUGCAAAAGAUGAUCGAUUUCCUCUCGACGCCGCGCCAGAUCCACUCGAUCAUUGUGGCGCUCUCGAUGAACGUGGUGACGCUGAUCAAGGAUCUGAACGGCAACCAUGUGGUGCAAAAGUGCCUCAACAGGCUGGGAGCGGAGGAUAACCAGUUUAUCUACAACGCGGUGGCGGCGCACUGUGUCGAGGUGGCGACGCACCGGCAUGGAUGCUGUGUGCUGCAGCGGUGCAUUGACCAUGCGAGCGAGGCACAGCGCGUGCAGCUGGUGGCCGAGAUCACGUACAAUGCGCUCACGCUGGUGCAGGAUCCGUUUGGCAACUAUGUGGUGCAGUACGUGCUGGACCUGAGCAUCGCGCGGUUUACGGAUGCGGUGGUGCGUCAGUUUGUGGGCAAUGUCUGUCUGCUGUCGGUGCAGAAGUUUAGCAGCAACGUCAUGGAGAAGUGCAUCCGGGUGUCGGAACCGGGUGUGCGCAAGCAGCUCAUCGAGGAGCUGCUCAACCGCGCAAGGCUGGAGAAGCUGCUGCGCGACUCGUAUGCCAACUAUGUGGUGCAGACGAGUUUGGACUAUGCGGAUCCGGUGCAGAGGAUGCGAUUGGUGGAGUGCAUCCGGCCGAUUCUGCCGGUGAUUCGCAAUACGCCGUAUGGCAAGCGCAUCCAGAGCAAGCUGCAGCGCGAUAAUCUGGACCUGGGACCGCCGAACGGCGUGCCGUAUUCGGUGCUGGCGGCGCAUCAGCAGCAGAUGCACAUGGGCGGUGCAGGUGGAUACCGUGGCGGUGGGGGUGGGUAUAUGGGGAUGAAUGCCUAUCCGCCUGGACCGGGACAGGGAGGUAUGCCGCCGCACAUGCACCCGCAUGCCCCGCAGCAUGUGUACGGCGCUCCUGGUGGUAGCCCGCACAUGCGUCCCCCGCCCGGAGGAGGUGGCCACAACCUGCCCCCGCCGCACUUUGGCCAGGCCGCCUACGGGUUCAACGCCAACCUGCCCCCGCCGAUGGGCAUGCAACACGGCGCAAGUAGGGGCGCAGGUUCGGGUGCCUACAACAAUGCCGGCUUUGGCAACUACUAG